AUGGUAGAAGUGCUUGGAAGGAUGAUUUCAAAGAAAGGUGAUGAAGGUGUUUGGAAGGGUGCGAAAAUCACUAAUAAUGUUGAGCCCCUUACCCAUCUAAAAUUUGUUGAUGACACUUUCCUUUCUGGAGAGGCUUCUGGUAGGGAAGCUAGAGUGAUUAAGCAGACCUUAGAUGAUUAUGAACAGGCCUCAGGGAAAAAAUUCAAUUGGCAUAAAUCAGAAAUAUUCUUUUUCAAUACUGAUUUAGAAAAACAGAGGGAGAUUUAUAGGGUUCUCGGUAUGAGAACUGGUAAUAUGUCGGAUAAAUAUCUUGGUAUUCCUUUUUUUGGUGGUGCCAGGAAAUCAAAUUUAUGGAAGGGUUUUAUAGAUAGUUGUUUAAAUAAAAUGGAUGGCUAG